AUGUCCCCGGUGAGCCUAUUUCUUCUUCUGAUUUUUCCAUUGAGUACCUUCCAACAACGAGAAGAAUGCACUGUUCAGCCGCCUUCACCACGUCAUCCAAACAUUGUGGUUCUCAUGAUCGACGACCUGGGUUACGGUGACAUUGCGGCAUACGGUCACCCGACACAGGAGUACACCCAAGUCGAUCGAAUGGCUGCAGAAGGCACCCGAUUCACACAAGCAUAUUCAGCUGAUAGUAUGUGUUCACCGAGCAGAGCUGGAUUCAUAACUGGAAGAUUACCGAUUCGAUUAGGAAUAGUUGGUGGAAGGAGAGUCUUCGUUCCUUAUGAUAUCGGAGGUCUUCCGAAAACUGAAACUACUAUGGCUGAAAUGUUGAAAGAUGCUGGGUAUUCAACUGGAAUGGUUGGGAAGUGGCAUCUUGGAAUUAAUGAGAACAAUGCAACUGACGGAGCACAUCUACCAUCAAAGCGUGGAUUCGAUUAUGUGGGAGUCAACUUACCGUUCACAAAUGUUUGGCAGUGUGACACUACAAAAGAAUUUUACGACAAAGGACCAGAUCCAUCACUAUGCUUCUUGUAUGAUGGAGAUGAUAUCGUGCAACAGCCAAUGAAAUUCGAGCACAUGACAGAGAAUCUUGUUGGAGACUGGAAGAGGUUUUUGAUGACAAGACUGGCACAGGACCAACACGAAAGACCCUUCUUCUUCUACUUCUCUUUUCCACAAGUUCAUUCGACACAGUUUGCCAGCAAACGGUUUAGAGGAUCUUCUGUUAGAGGAAUCUACGGAGAUUCGAUCAAUGAAAUGUCAUGGGCUGUUGGAGAGGUGUUGGACAGUCUCGUGAAUGCUGGAAUCGCUGAAAAUACAUUGGUGAUCCUGAUGUCUGAUCAUGGACCACACGUGGAAUUAUGCUUGAAUGGAGGAUCUACUGCUGGACUGAAAGGUGGAAAAUCGAAUAGUUACGAGGGAGGGUUUAGAAUUCCAUUCAUCGCCUGGCAACCCGGAACAGUGAAACCAUCCCGAGUGUCUCAUGAAGUUGUUUCCAGCAUGGACUUGUUCCCAACUUUCAGAGCUAUGAACGAGGAAUGUCUUUUCGAAAAAGAAGCACUCCGUUCUGACGGCAUUAACAUUGCUGACGAGUUGCGUGGUGAAACUGAUGACGUGGAAGGAAGCCUCGGAAAAGCUCGUCCGAUUAUUUACUACUGUAACACUCAUUUAAUGGCAAUCAGAAUAGGAGACUACAAAGUACAUUAUAAAACGUCUCCGAUUUUCUUGAACACUUCCGUCGAUCCAAAUCUUGAUUAUUUCUGUCCAAAUGGAAAGCCGAAAUCUGAUUGGUAUGUCUCCCAAGUUUGCCCUGACGAGCACCUCCAGAAACACUAUCCUCCACUUGUCUUUGACCUAAUCCGUGAUCCAUAUGAGCAGUAUCCUUUGCAAAAUACUGUAAAAUCCCAGGAAAUAAGAUUCCAAGCAAUGCAACGGCUCACUGAGCACAAAUCAUCUCUGGUCAAAGUUAAAAAUGUUCUUGGAAACUUUAAUAAAACGCUGAUUCCUUGCUGUAACCCUCCAAGUUGUAAAUGUGACAAACUGUCGAGACCCAGUGAAUCUGACGAUGGCCGUCCAGAUUACGUUGGACUAGUGCCUGAUCUCGAUCGGACUGAAUACGAACUUCUUCACAGAUUCUUCUGA